ACACCAGGGCGGCAAAGCAGCGACGAGCCUCUGCCCUCCCCCCUUCCCGUGCAAACAAUUCGAUUGCCCGUGACCCCUGGUCCAUGGCCGGACCCACUCGCCAGACACCCGUGCGCGGCUCCUCGUAGACCACCAGUAGUCUCCCCCUCCCGACUCCCUCUUCCCGACGACACAGCUCACGAGGGAUAACGCCGAAGGCCAAACCCAAACCAAAACCCUAGCCCCGUUGAUGAGCUCGUCUCCGCCGCCGCCGUAGAUGCACGGGCUCUCCCUCAUCCCCGCCGCCGCCGCAACGCCCCUCAUUGUCGCGUCCUCCACCAUGCCCGCGCUCCGCCUCGCCUCCCCCGCGCUCCGCCUCGCCGCGCGCCGCCCGGGCCCGCGCCCCCCGCCCUGGCUGCUUUUCGGAGGAGGGGUGGCGCGGAGGGGGCUGCUCUGCUCCGCCGAGGCCGCGAGGCGGGGCGGCGACGAGGAGGCGGAGGAGAGGCGGAGCGGACCCGGGAGCCGCGCGGCGACGGAGAGGAGGCUGAGGGGCGGGAAUGCGGCGGUGGGGAGCGUCGAGCUCCUCGCCAUUCCCGGGGUUGGGCCGCGCAACCUGAGGAAGCUCGUGGACAACGGGUUCGAGGGCGUCGCGCAGCUCAAGCAGCUCUACAGGGAUAAGUUCUUUGGCAAGUCCAGCGAGCAGAUGGUUGAAUUCUUGCAGAGUUCUGUUGGCAUCAUACAUAAGAACCAUGCUGAGAGUAUAACUUCAUUCAUCAAAGAGAGUGUUGAUGAAGAGCUGAAGGAUACAGAUUCAUCUAAGCCCUCUCAGAAGAAAAGGCUGACCUUUUGUGUUGAAGGGAAUAUUAGCGUUGGGAAGACCACCUUCCUCCAAAGAAUAGCUAAUGAGACAAUUGAACUGCGUGAUCUUGUAGAGGUAGUUCCUGAGCCUAUUGGUAAGUGGCAGGAUGUUGGUCCUGAUCACUUCAAUAUAUUGGAUGCUUUCUACGCUGAGCCACAUAGGUAUGCAUACACUUUCCAAAACUAUGUGUUUGUGACGAGGGUCAUGCAAGAAAGGGAAUCGCAAGGUGGAAUAAAACCUCUCAGACUUAUGGAAAGAAGUGUAUUCAGUGAUAGGAUGGUAUUUGUCCGUGCUGUUCAUGAAGCUAACUGGAUGAAUGAGAUGGAGAUCAGCAUCUACGAUUCCUGGUUUGAUCCGGUUGUGUCUUCACUCCCAGGUCUAAUCCCCGAUGGUUUUAUCUAUCUAAGAGCUAGUCCAGAUACUUGCCACAAAAGAAUGAUGCACCGGAAAAGAUCAGAGGAAGGUGGUGUUACGCUUGACUACCUGCAAGGUUUGCAUGAGAAACAUGAGAGCUGGUUGCUUCCUUCGAAAGGAACAGGUCCUGGUGUAUUAUCAGUCAGUCAGCUGCCCAUACAUAUGGAGGGCUCCUUGCCUCCAGAAAUACGGGAUCGUGUAUUUUACUUGGAAGGAAAUCACAUGCAUUCUAGUAUCCAGAAGGUCCCAGCACUUGUCUUGGAUUGCGAACCUGACAUUGAUUUCAACAAAGACAUAGAAGCUAAACGACAAUAUGCUCGCCAAGUUGCAGAGUUCUUUGAAUUCGUGAAGAAAAAGAAGGAAGCUCCAUCUGAGCAAACAAGCACCGACAAGGACCGCAUGAACCCACAGAUUAUGCUUCCUAACAGAGGCAGUUUGUGGGUCCCUGAAGGCAGCCCUUUUGCAGGUUCCCCGAUGAAUCUGGAUUUCCGAAGAGCCAUGUCUUCGUACCUCUCAACUUGAUUUCAGCUGCAAAAAGAAACUAGGAUCGCAAUUCACUGACCUCGCAAACCGAUUAUGUUAAGUUAAACCUAGGUUGCCCGAUGCUAGCCACUGAUGUAAGAUAGCCUGGCUGUAUCACCAUCUUGUAAAUGAUGAUCUUACUGCUAGUUCCACGUUUUGCAGCACCAAGCAUCAGCUUCAAUUUACCUGAAUUAAUCUGAUGAUGGUUCUAAUCUGUAACUUACAUUUGCUUGCUAGAAGCAUUCUGUUGAAAAGAUUUGGAACGAGCUACUUGUACA